ACUGAAUUCCAGGAGCCAAAUAACGUUAAAAAUUAUGAAAAUUGCUUGGAGAUGAACAAUAAAUAUUCAUUUUUCAUGAAUGAUAUUGGCUGCUCUGAUCUGUUGUCGCUAAUAUGUGAACAACCACCACAAGAUACUGCAAACCACAACAUGACAGCAGUAGCAGCAGUGCCAGAGGUGCAGGACUAUCCCUCCUUUGUGAGUGUGGGCGGCCUCUGUCUCUCCUUCAUGACGUGGGUGGAAGAGUCGUGGGAGGAGUCACGUCAGGCUUGUCAUGGCUUGUCAGGGGAGCUGGCUGCUGUUACUGACAUUGAACAACUGAGAGCUAUAUACCUGUACCUGCACCAGGAAGGGAUCGCUGGUCAUUCCUUCUGGCUGGGAGGCUCCGACGCGGCCCAGGAGGGCGUCUGGUUGUGGACUGACGGUCAACGCGUCCCCAUGGGGGCACCGUUCUGGGGCUUUGGGAAGUUAGAUGUGUUGGAGCAGAUGGUGGAGCAGCUGAGAACUGUCUUCUGUUGUACGCUGACGGCUUCCACUACUUCCGUGACUCCUCCUGUAGCCUGCUGAGGACCCCACUGUGUAUCUUUCCCCAGUAGCUGCUGGUGGAACCUGGUGACCCUUGGUGACCCUUGGUGACUCAUUGUGAUCCCUUAAAGACCUCACUGAGUAUGUCUUCAGUAGCUGCUGACCACAAUAACUUGUUCAGUACACAUACAGCUGGACGUGUGGCAGCUCUCACACUUGAGGAGUUCACAAGGUGUUGCGAAAACUUUCUUUGUGAUGUCUGAGAAUAUUGAAGGAAUAAACAGCAACACAGA